GCGGCUUCCAGAUACACCCGAAGAAGCUCAUCAUGGGGCCCAAGUGGCUGCGCGGCUGGCGGGGGGACAGGAGGUGCAUUCGCAAGAAGCAGGUGGUGGGAGAUCGGAUGUUUGCAGAUGACUACCACAAACUCAGCAAGAGGAUCCGGUACUUGUACCGGCGCUUCAAUCGCACCGGGAAGCACCGCUAG